CCAUUUGACGACAAAACAGGAGGCAUCUCUACUCGACAGGAGCAAAAUGGCUUCGGAUCCGGAUGAUGGAGGCGAGGUGCCUCCGGCAGAGGCUACAUCACCGGCGGAGGCGGAUCCAUCGGCAGAGGCAGAGGUGACUGCGCCAGAGAACGAGCCGGUGAAGGCGAGCGGUGGCAGCAUCGUCCCAGCGGCGGGCGCUGAGUCGUCUCACCCAGAGGGACUCUCCCUUAAUUAUGAGGAGGCAAGAGCUCUCCUUGGAAGAUUGGAAUUUCAGAAAGGAAAUGUGGAAGUUGCCCUUCGUGUAUUUGACGGAAUUGACCUUCAAGCUGCAAUUCAGCAGUUCCAACCAUCCCUUUCUAAGACACCAUCGAAGAAAGGGCGGACAAAAUCAGAAUUACCAAGUUCUGUCACACAAAAUAAUCAAAAUAAUCCUGCUAGCCUUGUUCUCGAAGCCAUUUACUUGAAAUCAUUGUCCCUUCAAAAGCUAGGGAAAUCGACAGAAGCUGCUAACCAGUGCAAAAGUGUACUUGAUUCCGUUGAAAGUAUUUUCCAGAAUGGUACGCCUGAUAUCGAACAAAAGUUACAAGAAACUAUCAAUAAAUCCGUAGAACUGCUUCCUGAAGCCUGGAAACACGCUGGCUCCUACCAGGAAGCAUUAGCUUCUUACCGACGAGCUCUUCUUAGUCCAUGGAAUCUUGAUGAUGAAAGUCGGACUAGGAUUCAAAAGAGAUAUGCGUCUUUUCUGUUGUACAGCAAUAUAGAUUGGAGCCCUCCCAGCAUGGCUCAACAAGUUGAAGGUUCUUUUGUUCCAAAGAAUAAUUUCGAAGAAGCUCUUCUACUUUUGAUGGUAGUACUUAGGAAUUGGUACCAGGGGAAGACCCAUUGGGAUCCUUCAGUGAUGGAACAUUUAACCUAUGCCUUGUCUCUUUGUGGUGAACCACUGCUUCUUGCAAAACAACUUGAAGAGGUUUUACCUGGAAUAUAUCCUCGCACCGAGAGAUGGGCCACACUAGCACUUUGCUACUAUGUAGCUGGUCAGAAAGAUAUCGCACUGAAUUUUUUGAGAAAGUCUUUAAACAAGCUUGAGAAUCCAAAUGACAUACAUGCUUUAUUAUUAGCUGCUAAGAUAUGCAGUAAGGACCACCAUCUCUCUUCUGAGGGUGUUGAAUAUGCAAGAAGAGUAAUCGCACUUGCUGGAUCAUCAGAUUCUCAUCUGAAGAGCGUUGGCCUCCAUUUCUUAGGAAGCUGUCUAGGUAAUAAGUCCAAGGUUGUUUCAUCAGACUACCAAAGAUCUCUAUUGCAGACAGAAACUCUGAAGUCACUUACAGAGUCGAUUAGUCUUAACCGCUACAACGUAGACCUAAUAUUUGACAUGGGAGUUGAAUAUGCUGAGCAAAGGAACAUGAAUGCUGCCCUGAGAUGUGCCAAGGAGUUUAUAGAAGCAACUGGUGGGUCGAUUUCGAAAGGCUGGAGGCUGCUAGCAUUGGUUCUUUCUGCACAACAGAGAUUUACAGAAGCAGAAGUCGCAACAGAUGCUGCCUUAGAUGAGACUGCAAAGUUGGAUCAAGGAUCUUUACUUAGGGUAAAGGCCAAGCUGAAGGUUGCUCAGUCAUCGCCCAUGGAAGCAGUGGAAGCAUACCGUGCUCUUCUGGCUCUCGUUCAGGCCCAAAAGAAUUCCUCUGCAUCUUGCAAGAACGCUAUAGAGGACACGGAUGGUAGUGUCACUGAGUUUGAAAUCUGGCAAGGUCUUGCUAAUUUGUACUCCAGUCUCUCGUACUGGAGAGAUGCUGAGAUAUGUUUGAAGAAGGCUAAGGCACUGAAGUCGUACUCGGCUGCAACACUCCAUGCAGAAGGCUACAUGCAUCAGGCGCGAGACCAAACAAAGGAUGCACUGGCCGCCUACGUCAACGCGUUCUCGACUGAGCUUGAACAUGUGCCGUCGAAGGUGGCCAUCGGCGCAAUGCUCUCCAAGCAAGGGCCCAGGUUUCUGCCGGCAGCGAGGUGCUUCCUCUCGGAUGCCCUAAGAGUCGAGCCUACAAAUCGGAUGGCUUGGCUUUACUUGGGAAAAGUGCAUAGGUCUGAUGGGAGAAUCUCUGACGCUGCCGACUGCUUCCAAGCAGCGGUGAUGCUAGAGGAAUCGGAUCCAGUGGAGAGUUUCAGUUCACUCUCAUGAGAGAUGCAUGCAUGUAGCCACGGCACGAAGCUCCCUAGCUCGAGCUCCAUGUGGAUUCCUUCCCUCUUUUCUCCCUUUGCUUAUUAGAAGAAGGGAAUUAUUAUAUUUCAUUAUCUAUUUUAUAUAAUAGUAACCCUUUGCUGACCAUUAAAAACAUAACAAAAUUCUGCAUUUCAUUUCUCACUUUCGUUGUAUAAGUAAAUUGUUGCUCCCUUUUCUUUAUGAUGAUUGCAUCAGCUGUAAGACUAAUUUAUACAGAUGUAGCUAGGUUGCAUUAUCUAUUUGCUUGCCAUUCUAUUUUAUAUAAUAAUAAUAAUCCCUUGUUGACCAUUAAAUUAAAGAACAAUAUUGCAAAGUUGUAUUUCAUUGCUCA